UCCAACAUGGCGGUGAAGUUGGGUGAAAUGUGUGUGUCGUUGCCGGCUCAAAACUUGUAGUUUUUGUUUGUUUGUGAGAUAUUUAGUGAUCCUCUAAUCCUGUCCCUUAUAUUAUGAAAGACUAUAGGUUCGAGUCACGCAGCUAAGUUGCUACGUUACAAGAUAUGUCAAGGCUGGCCAAUGGCAAUGGUAUCUCUGAACUUCGACUGCACUGUGAUCACGAUGAAGGUAGCAAGUUAAAUCAAUCUGACACCGUCAACUCAUCCUGUAAAUCAUCUCAAUCAAUGACAGUAGAAGACGUCCAUAUACCUAUACCAGUUAAGAAGUUAGGAGAUAUGAAUGGAAUGGCUCUACCUACAAACUGCGAAAAAAAUAUCAAUCCCGAAAUUGUGAACGAGCCAUCCACUUCAUCGCCAACCUCGCAAAAUACUGAUCGAACUGAAAGCGAAGAAAUUUCCUCGGACACUGUCGAAGAUUUGCAGCCAAGUGAAGAGAAAAUUGAAUAUGUAGGUUACGAGUCAGAACUUCAAAUGGGGGCAAUAAUGGCUUUAAUCACCAAAGAUCUCUCAGAACCAUACUCAAUUUACACGUACCGAUACUUUAUACACAACUGGCCCAACUUGUGUUUUUUGGCAAUGUACCAAGAAAAAUGUGUAGGAGCAAUAGUUUGUAAACUAGAUGUACAUAAAAACAUGGUACAUCGAGGGUAUAUAGCAAUGUUAGCUGUAGAAAAAGAAUUUAGACGGCAUAAAAUUGGUACAAAAUUAGUUAAAAAAGCAAUAAAAGCCAUGAUAGAGGAUAAUUGUGAUGAGGUUGUCCUUGAAACAGAAAUCACCAAUAAAGCUGCUCUUCAUCUUUACGAGAAGUUAGGUUUUGUUCGUGAUAAAAGAUUAUUUAGGUAUUACCUUAAUGGUGUAGAUGCGCUUAGACUCAAGUUGUGGUUAAGAUGAAACAGCAAUCCAUUGUGACCUUAUGUAACUGAUAGGAAGAAGCUUAUGUACAUAUUUCAAUCUUUGUGCAAAGACAUUUUAAAAUAGAAAAUCCAACUUGAAGAGUAUUUUGGGAAAAAGAAAGAAGCAUUUUGCAAGUCUUUCCUGGUGUAUUCCUACUUCUGUUUCUUUUUAUUGUCUUAUUAUUAUUAACAUUAUUAUUUUUCUUUCUUUUGAAAGUAUUAUCGAUUAGGAUUUGAGGUGUAGCUUUCCUGAAUAUCGCCAUUAUUAUUUAUGGAUAACUUUUAGUCCAUAAUAUUCAUGUGUUAUUAUAUUUUAACAUGUCCUUUUGUCAGCAUGUAUUAUUAUAAAUGAUUCUUUGCAAUGGUUCUAAUGAAAACAUCUUCUGGGAAAAUAAUUAAGCACCCACACAAUCAAGUGCCUAAUUAAAAGGAAUGUUUUUCAGUUAUCUCUCCUUUUGUUGGCAAGGGAACACUAUGCAUUUCUUAGAGUAUCCAUGGAGUUUGAUUUACUAACCCAAACAUCCAAUUAAGUCUUUUUGUCAUUUUUAAUUUGUGUUUUGUGAUAUGAACUUCUUAUUUUCAAAUCUAUUGACUUAAAUGAGCAUCACAUAUCUAGCAGGUCUAAUAUCCUUAUCUAGCAUAAUAGAGAUCAUUAUGUUUCUAUAAAGAAAGUAGUCAAUGAACCAAGGAAUUGAAGCUCAUUACUGCUCACUUAGAAACUACCGAGAUGAGGUUUUGUUGCUGCAAGUGAAAAGUCAGAAUCUUAUACUGUAUUAGCAACACUGUUGUGGACGUUUUAUCUAGUUUGCUGAAGAGCUUUCUGUGAACUGUAUACAACAUCUGUUAUGAGGGUUACACAAAGGAACAGAGUGAAAAUAAGUGUAUGAUUGAGUACAAGCUUUAAACUCAGCCCUGUGUUUAUCAUUAAUCCUGAAUUACAGUCAACUUCUUUAAAUCUAUACAGAGCUACAAGAAUCAGCAUCAAACACAAGGCCAGUUUGAAAACUGGAACUCAUACUCAAUCUUAUACUCAUUUGUCAAAGCUUAAGUUCCUUAUUAGCAAGCACUUAACAGCACUUAUAUUGUAAUGAUGUCUAAUAAUUAUUAUGAGCCAGAGGUACUAUUUUUGCAAAUAUAAUAAUAAAUCAUUCAAUUUGGUAGUGUCCCUUGACAUCUGAAUUCUUCUGUAUGAAGUUCAAUGAUCGAUAUUUUAAACACGCAGGGAGUACAGCAUUGAAAAUUUACUUCAAGGGAGGCUAUCAACAGUAGUGAUCAAUAAACCAAAAGUGAAAAAAAUGAUAAAUUUUGAAAUAGUCCUCUGUAUUUUUAUCUUGUUUUGUUCAAAUAAAUGUCAGUAAAUAGAUAUAAUAAUUUAUUGUAAACAUGCUUGGGUGUUGUGUAAAACAAUUUUCAGUCGACUUGUGCAUUCUUGUGAAAUAAAUUGUUAUUGCCUA